CAUCCCCCGUCCUUUUCUUUCUUCUUGGUAACUCUCUCUCUCUCUCUCUCUCUCUCUCUCUCUCAUCUUUUAUUAUCUUCCUUAUUGGCCAACAAGUUGUGUAUUGAUUUUUUUAUUUUUUUCCCUCAGUUUUUUUCUGGAAACAAACAAGGGUAUAGGAUUGUGGUGUGCUCGUUUUGAAUCUUAAAUAAAGAAGUAAAAAGUGAUUUUGCAGAACCCAAAUGGCAUGCCAGGCUGUUCAUUCAUGGACAUUUAGUGGGUUAGUGGGUGCUUUUCUUGAUCUUGCUAUUGCUUAUCUCUUACUCUGUGCAUCCACUCUUGCAUUUUUCGCCUCCAAAUUUCUGGGUUUUUUGGGGCUUUUCUUACCAUGUCCUUGUAAUGGCCUAUUUGGUACCUCCAAUAGCAAUUACUGCUUGAAGAGGCUGUUAAUUGAUUGCCCAAUUGAGACAGUCUCUUCUGUUCAACUGUCUGUGAACACAAAGUUUCCCUUUGAUACAAUUUGUGGAAAAAACCGAGAUUGCCAAAUGAAUUUGAAGUUAAUUAGAGAUCAAAACAAUUGUGUUGAUGGGUUUGUUGAAAUGGAAGGCGAAGCGUCUUGUAGCUCAAUAUCGGGUGCUAGGAAGUUGCAAAAUGUGGUUGAGAGGGACUUGAUUUUGAGGAAUGAAUCGGUUAGGGUGUUUGAUGUAGUGAAUUCAUCAGUUCAUGUCAAGAAGGGAAGGUUUAAUCUCAAGGGUAAGGGGAUUGUAAAUCAGAGGCCAAGGAAUGGUCUUAGGCGACAUCUGAAAGGUCUUGCUGAUUAUGCAAAAGUUUCGCCUGUGUCGUUUGAUCCUUCAUAUGCAGAUGAUUGGUCACGUUCUAGCGUCAAUCGUAAAGGGAAUAAUGAGAUUGAAUGCAGUUCACUGCCUGUCAAUUCUGGAGCUGAUGCUAAUCACUGUAAUUAUGAUGAGGACGCUCCAGUUGUUAAGAAUUUUGGGGGUAGAGCUUCACAUGGCUUUCAGUUGGAUGAAACUCUUCAUGAAAAGAAACUCACUGAGAGAAGUGAAUCAUUCUAUGAAGAGGCAAAGAGUAAUGUGCAGAAGGAACUGGGUUAUGAGGGUAAUGAGAAAAAUGCAAUCAGAAUCUUGGAACAGGCACUUGAAGAAGAGCAUGCUGCUCAUGCUGCUCUUUACCUUGAGCUUGAGAAGGAGAGAAGUGCUGCUGCUACAGCUGCAGUUGAGGUCAUGGCUAUGAUACUGCGUCUACAAGACGAGAAGGCAUCCAUAGAAAUGGAGGCUUGGCAAUACCAGAGGAUAAUAGAAGAAAAAUCUGCUUAUGAUGCUGAAGAAAUGAACAUCCUUAAAGAAACUCUUGUGAGGAGACAGAAAGAGAAGCAUUUCUUGGAAAGGGAAGUUGAAGCUUAUAGGUGGAUGAUUCAUAUUGGAAAUUAAUAGUUACAAGAUGACAUUCAGUAUAUGGUGAACACACAGAGAGAACAGGCUGAUGCUCCAACGGCUUAGUGAAUCCAUUGACAAGAAGGAAAUUGUACAGGAUAAAAGUUCAGUUAAUGAGGUAUUGUCUAUUGAUAAGAAAAACUGUACACCCUUGCUCUUGGAGAGGAAUUAUGAAUUUCCGGAUGGGAUGAAGAAGCUAAUUUUCAAGCAAGGAGAUGUAGAGAAAUCUAUAGUUUCUGAUCUGCAGAAAAAUUUGAUGUCAGCAAUUGACAAUGAAAGAUUGAAAAUUGACAUGGAAGUUGAGUGAAUCGGAGAGAGGUUAAGCAAAGUUCAGUUAAUGAGGACAGAAGCUCAACUUCUCUGUGGACUAUCGGGAAAGGGAAAAUUUUCAACUGCAACUUGUAGAAGAUAUAGCAUAACAACUUCGAGAGAUUUGACAGCUAACAGACCCUAGAAAGGCCUUGUGUGAAGCUUCUUUGCCCCUGCCAUCCUCUAAGGGUUAGUCAUCUGGGUGGGCUCAACGUAUUGGUUGUCUUCAGACAUUCGUGCCAUCCAUAGAUCUGCUGCAUUCAUUUUAACAGGAAUGUGGGAUCCUCUCUAACAAAAGACAUCAUCGUCGAAGUCCUCUGAAGUAUGCAGUUCACUGGAUCGUAUUCUUGGGAUCCUAGAAUUGCUGCAACAAGUGGAUAAGAGGUAUGCAGUUUCUAGUUUUCUCUCAUUAAAGAAAGAAAGACUCUAAUAUUAGCGAUUACUCUUUUUCUUUCCCUCUCAACACCAAAUUUAUUUGCAGUUAUGCUUGAUAAUUUUGGAUAAACAGAUGCAUUUGUCAGCGGAGUUAGGUAAACAUAGUGGUGUAAAAAUGGCCUGGCCCGUCCCGUCUUAGGCCCGCUUGGCUCUCGCAAAAAAUUGGACCAGGCCGGGGUGGCCUAAUUCCAAAAAAUAUAGGCCCAGACCCAUGGGUAAUUGGGUUUUGGGCCUCAGGACUAACUUUUUUUUAAAAAAAAUUUCACCAAAAUUGCUUGCAAGUGAUGUUGGGCAUCAGAGUGGGUCUAGACCAAGCUCAUCGGGUUGGGCCUCAGGCAGGCUUCAGGCUGGCGGGCCAUUUUUAUACUCCUAGGGAAACCUAGGUGAAUAGUUGUAAGUCCUUUUGUCUAAGUCCUGUAUUAUUGAAUUUUCUUAGUAGAUUUUUGUUGGGUGUUGAGACUCUGAUUUUUACCC